CUCCUCCUCCUCGUAAGUGCUUUGAUCAGCCAUGGAGGACUCUGCCAUACAACAACAAUCAGAGUCUCACCUUUAUGAGAAACUACCAACCUGGAAACGGGGAGGUCAGUCGUCUCAGGAUUCUGCUUCAUGGACCAAUCGGUGCCGGCAAGUCCAGUUUCAUCAACUCCGUGGACACUGUCUUACAAGGCAGAGUUACCGGUCGAGCUCCGACAGAUGCAAUCUCUGGGAGAAGCUUCACCACAAAGUACACAACGUACAAGUUCAAGAAAGCUUCGGGUGGCUUUUAUUCUUUCGUUUUCAAUGACAUCAUGGGAUUCGAGAAAGCCACCAACACUGGAGUUGAUGUGGAAGAGGUCAAACUGGCCCUGAAAGGACAUGUUGCAGAAAAUCAUGUGUUCAAUGCCCAACGGCGGUUGAUGGCGGGUGAUAGCGGUUACAGGUCAUCUCCCACUCUGGCUGACAAAGUUCAAGUCCUGGUUUGUGUCAUUCCUGCCAACCAAAUAAAUAUAGUAGCUAAAGAAGUUGUGGAGAAGCUAAGAGAUGUCAGACUCGCAGCCAGUGACAUGGGAAUUCCCCAACUGGUUAUUAUCACCAAAGUGGAUGAAGCCUGUCCUGAGGCGAAAAGAGAUCUGAAGAAUGUCUACAAGAGCAAGUACCUGAAGGAACUGGUCGACAAAUGCCACCUUUUCAUGGGGAUUCCAGUGAACUGCAUCUUUCUUGUGAAGAACUACAAUUCAGAAGUCGAUCCCAACGAUGUGACUGAUGCUCUGAUACUGAGCGCACUGAAGCAGAUGGUUAACUUUGGUGACGACUACGUCAGCUACCUCGAGUAGACCUGCUGCUGCUGAGGCAAACACAUUCUCAUGAAUGGGUUUGUAUGAUUCCCCACAAAAAGUACCGCACUGAAAUUCGUAUCAUACAUUAAGUUUACAUUAAGCUUAGGUGCCAACAGCAGAGUUAAUGUGAGGAAAAAAGAACAGGGUUAGGGUUAUAAAAGCUACUUCUGUACACAACUUCCAACGGGACACGAACACCAGCCUCCAGGUCUGCUGGUCUCCUGUUGUUCUGGCCUCAGGCAUUAAAAAACAUUUUUUACUGACUGGGCUGCUGGUGUUUGUGAGAUCCAUCCACCACAGCUUCCAACCGCCCUAUAGGCGCCUACAUGGCUUUAAUUCUAUCCCACCAGAGAAAAUCUAUGCAAUUUGUGGAAAAGCUACACAUUCCAGGGCAUUACUUUUGGUAGGAAAUCAUACAAACCCUUCAUGAGAGCAUUCUGCUGAGACAAACCUUGAAUGAUUAAGAUAUGAAGUAAAAUAACUUCAGUGUUAUCUGCAUGUUUUCUUAUCCAUUUAGCUUUGAGUGUUUACUGUAUUGUAAGGCCUGCAAGACAUUUUUAGGUGAAAAAAACCACCCUUUCUGAGAAGCUGUAGCAGUUUCUUCUGUACAACCAUUCCAAGUUAAAGCUGAUUGUUUUUUACCAACAGUUUGGCUUAUGGCCACUGGUAUAGUCUUCUUAAUAAAGAAAGAAAAGGGUCAUGCUUUCAAGCUGUAAGUUUGUUUUAAAGAAAACAGCCACAAUUGGCAAAAAUGUCAUCAUGCAUGUUUUUUGUUGUUUUUCAU